AGUAGCGACAGUAAAAUAGGAAAAAAAAAAAAAGAUGGAGAGCAUGAUGGAGUUUUCUCUUCUUUCCCAUCAUCUGACAUCAAUUUCCCUUCUUGCAUUCCCCUUCUCAGUUUCUCUCUGAGCUCCCUUUUUCUCUGUUCUCCUUCCUCUUCAUCUGCAUACUGGGGUGUUGGUUGAGCUUGGGAAGGCUUGGCAUUAAUGGCAGAAAGGAAGCAAGGAAUUGUUUUGAUCCUUCUUCUGGUGCUCGUGCUUAGUGGAGUUAGCUCAGUCUCAGCAGCAUUUCCAGCAAAGUUGGUGGGUGGAUUAUUUUCCAACGUGCUCUCUGCCAUCUUGAAACGGCUAUGGACGAUCACUUCUUCUCCAAAGACUGUGAUCUCCGGACGUCCAUUGAUGAAAUUUGAGAGUGGGUACACUGUGGAGACGGUUUUCGACGGUAGCAAGCUUGGGAUUGAGCCUUUUUCAGUCGAAGUUUCGAAAGGCGGCGAGCUCUUGGUUCUGGAUUCAGUGAACAGCAACAUUUUCAGGAUAUCUCUGCCAUUGUCCCGAUACAGCAGGCCCAAACUUGUUGCUGGUUCGGCAGAAGGUUAUGCUGGUCAUGUUGAUGGCAGGCCAAGAGAAGCAAGGAUGAAUCAUCCCAGGAGUUUUACUAUGGACGAUAGGGGCAACAUCUAUGUUGCAGAUACCAUGAAUAUGGCAAUUAGAAAAAUAAGCGAUACAGGGGUCACAACGAUCGCUGGGGGAAAGUGGAACAGAGGGGGGCAUACGGAUGGGCCAAGUGAAGAUGCAAAAUUUUCAAACGAUUUCGAAGUUGUUUACAUUGGCAGUAGCUGCUCGCUACUGGUUGUAGAUAGAGGAAAUCAGGCAAUCCGUGAAAUCCAACUUCAUUUUGAUGAUUGUGCUUACCAGUAUGAAACUAGUUUUCCAUUAGGUGUUGCAGUGCUCUUCGCUGCCGUUUUCUUUGGUUACAUGCUUGCUUUACUUCAACGACGCGUAGGAGGGAUGUUAUCUCCAGAAGAUGAACCUGUUAUCCCUAUGAAGACCAACAUCCCCCCUCCAUACCAAAAGCCCAUGAGGGGUUCAGUGAGACCACCACUGAUUCCUAAUAAGAAUGAGCCGGAUAAACAAGAAGAAGAAGAAGAAGGCUUCUUCGUCUCAAAUGUGAAGCUUCUAUCUGGCGCCAAAUCUUCUUUAGCUGAUAUCUUUGGAAUGAUUUUCAGAAGGAAGCCACAGAAGAAGCAUCACCAAAAUUCUCCUCAACAAUGGCAGCAUAACUCAUGGCCAGUGCAGGAGAGCUUUGUCAUUCCUGAUGAAGACGAGCCACCACCUGCCGAGACGAAGACGCCGACACCUCGGAAAGCCUAUGCCUUCAUGUCUCAGGACCCUGAGAAGAUCCACCAUCUUCGGCAAGGCCAGACUUACUUCAACAACUGGGAUGGGAAAAUGCUUCUUCAUCAACAGAAGUACCAACUGCAACAGCAGCCUCAGCAGCAGCAGCAGCAGGUGCAUCAGCAUCGACAAUAUUCUUUGGGUCCUCAAACUUUCUAUGAGCAAAACUGUGAAAAAACAAAUGAGAUUGUGUUCGGAGCUGUUCAAGAAGAUAGGAAGCGGAGGACAAUGGAGAUUAAAGCAAUAAAUUACGGUGAAACAUACUAUGAUCAGUGUGGGAUACGCUCCAGGAUUGGUUGCAGUGAUUUUAGUAACGGCUACUGAACAUCUUUUUUCUUCACGAAUACAUUGCCUUGUAUGAUAAAUCAAGCCUUCAUUCCUUAGUUAUUACUUGAGCUUCUUUAAUAUCUCUUGUUUCUUGUGUCCUUUGAGGUUGUGUUUGGAUGCUUGGAAUUUGAGUAAUAGUAAAUGAAAAAAGGGGGUUGACAUGCGUAAAUCAAUCAAUAAAUAUUGGUAAUUUGUUUCA